CAGGGGUCUUAGGUACUUUCUCUCUCUUCUUUUUUAUUUUAUGGCUCGCCUCGAUGAAGGCGCAGCAACCAUCGAGUUUAAUGAGUUUAAUGAAAAUACGACAUAUACAAAAUAAGUAGACAGAUAUCCUACUUAUUCUUAAGGCCACACGUCCUAAAUUCGAUUUCAGCUUAUAAGACGCUCGCUGUUCACUUAGUCGUCUCGAGAGAAAACCGAUUAGUAGAAAGAAACCAGAAAAUACUAGCCAAAAUGGACGCCGGUGCCCCUCCUUACCCUCCCCUAGAGGACCGCCCUAUCAAGAACACCAUCGCGCUGUUCGAUGUCGACGAGACUCUAACACCGGCGCGUCUCUCAGUGUCCCCCGAGAUGCUACACACCCUCGAGCGCCUACGUCAAAAAGUCGCCAUUGGCUUCGUCGGCGGCUCGAACCUAGUAAAGCAGCAAGAGCAGCUCGGCGCCGCUGACCGGCCCGUAACCACCAUGUUCGACUUCUGCUUCAGCGAGAACGGUCUCACAGCCUACAAAUUGGGCGCUGAGCUACCUUCCAACAGCUUCAUUAAGUGGAUUGGCGAGGACCGGUACAAGGAGCUCGCCAAUUGGAUCCUGCAUUACAUCGCCGACCUCGACAUCCCUAUUAAGCGCGGUACCUUUAUCGAGUUCCGUAACGGCAUGAUCAAUGUCUCGCCCAUUGGCCGUAAUGCUAGUAACAAGGAACGAAACGAGUACCAGGCCUACGACGAGAAGAACAAGAUCCGUGAGACCAUGGUCGGCAAAAUGAGGGAGAAGUUUGGACACCUAGGUCUAACUUUCUCCAUCGGCGGCCAAAUCUCCUUCGACGUCUUCCCAACAGGCUGGGACAAGACGUACUGCCUCAAGCACCUCGAAGACGAAGCCAAGAAGCCCGGCGGCAUCGAGUACAAGACCAUCCACUUCUUCGGCGACAAGACGAACAAGGGCGGCAAUGACUACGAGAUCUAUGUCGACCCCCGCACCAUCGGACACUCCGUCAAGGGUCCUGAGGACUGCUUGAAGCAGAUUAAGGAGACCUUCGAUCUAUAGACAUAGACGUACCUUUUUUUUUCUAUAUUAAAAGAGGAAAGGAGGGUAUUAUAUACCGAAGGAAAAGAAACUAAAAAAGGAAAAAUCAUGUCGAGGAAAAUUCGCUAGAUCUAAUUAGAUCGUGGUAUUUCACGAAGACGGAAUUUAAAAAAAAUUCAAGACUUAAGAGAAAAGAGAGCGAUUAAGCGCCUGCUCAAUCUAGAGAAUAUACCAACGAUGAAUUACAUAUACAUGCCCCCAAAUAUAUAACAUCUAGUAAAUAUUAAAAGCAUGUCUAUCUCUCAAA